ACGAAGAAGCGCGAAACAGAAGCACACAAGUCAUGGCGGGAAGCGACGCUCGGAAGCAGCUCCUAAACUUAAUUCACGAUUUCGCAUCCGAAAAGUCGCACGGAGAGCGAAGAGUGGUAAGUCUGAGGAAGAGAAUCGGCGAGCUCGGAUCCGAGCUGGAAGUUGCAAAUGCAGAGCUCGAAGAAGCGAAGCGCGCCAAGGAAUACACCGAGCAAGAGAUCAAAGGCUACGAAGUUGAAUUGGCGAUGAACGAAGCAGCAAUUCAAACGCUGGAGUCGAGGAUUUCUCAUACACAAGAAGAGAUUUCCGCCGUUGGAUCUGAAGUCGAAGCUCUCAAGAACAAACAGGCUGCUUCUCGAGACGAGUUUAUAAGUGAAAUGAUUGAGAUCAACAUUAAGAUAAGGAGGUUCCAAGAGUCAAUUGCUGGCCAUAUUCAUGAGGAAGAGUACAGUGGAAGUGCAGAAGAAGAAGAUCCCAAGCUAGGAAAGGAGGAGGUUACUGAAGGUGAUUUAAGAGAACUUGAGGAUAUGCUUGCUGGUGUGGUGUCUCAGACAGCCAAAGCGGAAGAAGAAUACGAAGCUGAACAGAAUACUCAAAAGCAGGUCUAGCAGGCGCUGAGUGCUUGUGAAAGGAAGGUGUUCUUAACGGAGGAGACGUUCAAAACAACGAAUGAAGUGCGUGAUUUGACAAGAUAUCCUUUUCAAGAAUACAUUGGUUGCUGAAAUUGUUCAAUGCUUAAGCACAAUCAUAAGAACAGUUGGCUACUUGAAUUUUUCAUCGUCUUGAAAACUGCCAUAAUUGAAUGCAACCGAAAUCCACAUCGGCUAUUUGUACAAGCUUCUUGGACAGCUUUCUUCCUAAGUGAAUGCCUGUUUUAGUUAGUCUAGAAUUCAAUUGCUAUGUUGGAUUUUAAGGUCUAGUUUUGCGCUAAAUGCCAUAUUUGUGAGCAUGACCUACAUAUGUUUUGCCUCUGACGGGAAACAAGCAGACUUCAGAAUUGGAACAGAUCCGUGCUACCGUUGUCAUUUUGAAAACAAGCAGAGCAGAUGUGUCUGUCCCAGUUGUCAUUUUGAAAACGUGGAGGUCCUGGGUGGAUUGAUUCAGUCAAGUGAGGCAAAUUAACAUUUUGUUCGGGUUCAGAAGCUUGCACGUAGUGGUAGUUCUCACUUGAAAUUGGAUUCACAAUGGGCGUCAACCAAGGGCACCCGAGUUUUUUGUUGAGAGCUUUUCCUAUCAGCAGGUUCCAGUUUCUUGCUUCGGUUGGGU